GUCCGCGCCGUGGGCCUGGCCGACGAGAACCGUAGAGCAGCUACCGCGGACAGGGCGCUCAACGUCAUGCGUGGAUGGCUGAAGCUCAUGGUUGUCGAAAUCAAUGCUGAAUUUCCUGAAUGGGAGUUCGCGCAGGCUUUCGCUGUGUUCAAUUUGUCGGACGAGCCAGCUGUGCGUGCUCAGCGCGAAGGAACAACGCUUCGUAGACAUUUGUGUCGGAUAGCUCACGCGCUGCAGUUGGACGAGCCAGCCCUCCACUGGGAGUUCACGUCGCAUCUUAGCGAUGCCCGUGCGUACUUCAUGGACCAUGGUGGCUCUUUCAAGACAUCGUGGAUUCACGCUUGCACGAAAUCAAGUGGCCAGCGCCCAAACGCCAACCUGGAAAAGGCGAUCCUGGGCUGGCUCGCAACUUCAUGUUCCACAUCUGGGGUCGAGCAGAAUUUCUCCAAGGGCGCGUGGGGCUUCAACGACAGGCAGUUAUCCUGCGGCAUUGCGCACGAGAGGUCCACGCACAGGCUCCUGCUGUACGAUGGCCCGAUCGACGACCUCAUUGAGGGUGCCCAGCGAGCGUGGAAGCAUUGCUUCGGCAUUGAGAGGGCGAGCGGCUCCGACAACCGCGAGGAGCGCAGUGACAAGGGCACCAAGCGUGCGCUCAGACAGUCUGACGAGAUCACGGAGAAGGGGCUACUGAAGAAGAUGCGCAGCUUCCGCGUCCAAGGAGACAGAGGCGCACAGGCGGCCAUUGCAGCGCUCGCUGAUGGCGCUUGGACAGAUGAGCACGACAAGGAACGCACUUUCGCAGAGGACAAGCUGUUCAAACGAAGGGUCGAGGCAAGCCUUGAGGGACUGCUCCUUCCAGAUGAGGACAGCGAUGUACUACAGUGGCACGCUGCCAACAGAGUUGAUGCCAUGGUGAAGAACCAGCAGGAGCGGGAUCGGCGCGACGCGCGAGGCGGCCUGCAUCGGGGAGAAGGGGAGCGGCCAUCACCUGAAGACCUGCGAGGGAAGACGUGUUUCGUGCGCAAGUUGGAGCACUGGGACGAGUUGCUGGCCAAUGGCGUUGUGAUGACGCGGCGUGUUGACCCAUGGCUUGCAGAAGUGAUUGUGGUUGAUGACUUGACCAGCGUGCCGACGUUCUUGAAAUGGGUAGCUGCGGUUGUUGGUGCCUAUGUAAGUACCCCCACGGAGCUCUCCACAUCCACGGGCGCGUGCCUGAAGUACAGCCGCGCCAUUGCUUCGUCCCGGUUCAUCCACGUCACCGACUGCUUCAAGGCCAAUCACCGCCAGUACUACGAGCUCCUGACCACAGCGGCCGGCUUUGCUGAUUCCAAGUGGCAGUUUAUAGAUGCAGCUAACUUCUUGGUCAAGAAAGCGGGUGUAUACAAGGACCGCACAGAGGCGUUGGCCCUGGCCACCACCGUCGACAUGGAGACUCCGCCAUUACAGGGCAUCAAGCACGUGUUCGGCGGCCCUGGCUUCCUGGACCUCAUCACGAAGGUUGAUUUCAAUGCAUCGGCAAGUGGUAUGCUACGGUGCAGCGUGGGCUGA